AGGAAAUAAAUUAAUUAAUAGAAACAAAGAAGAGGCAUAGUCUUUAUCUCUCAUCUCUUACUUCUCUUGUCUUGUUGCUUGAAAAAGGCUUCAAGAAAAACAUCAAAUCCUCCAAAUGAACAGCAUGCCAAAGCCUUAAAAUAUGCUUUCUACCGUCUACUUCCAAAAUUGGCAGCUAACCCAUUUAUUUUUUUAAGCAUACAAGUCUAAUGGCCCCAUCAUCUGUGUUUUUGGUCAAAGAAUAAGCAUAAAUCAUAUCUGCAUUUCUGUUCAUUUUUCUCUCUUUCACACACACAUAUUCAGGCACAAGAUGACUCUAGAAGAACCAGAGCCAAACCACAUUUCAGAUCACAUAUUGGAUUGGUUAGAAGAUUCAGCAUCUUUCCUGCCUUCCUUCUUGGAUGAUCCUUACAAUGCUAGUGAUAUCAAUAGCUAUCAAUGGUGGAAUCAAACUGAAGAAAUUUGCCAAGAUCCGAUCAACACUAACACUAGUCUCAGUAGUAGCACCAACACCACCUUAAAUGCAGAUUCCAUCAGCCUUAUAGGAGCAAGUGAUCCCACCACUUCCAGUCAUCAACAACCUUCCAAUUUAUCUAGGAAACGAGAAGCUACUGAUGACCCAGUUCCCGAAACAUCCCAGAACCAUCAUCAUCAGAGAAAGAAACAGAAUCAUCGGAUAAGCAAUGAAGAUCAAGAUGGUGAGCAAGCAGCAGUUGAAGUGGUGGCAGGGAAGAGAUCAAAUGGAAACAAGAAAAGCAAUAGUAAAAGCACAGGAAAUAAUGGGAAUAAUGGGAAUAACAGGGAAGGAAGAUGGGCAGAGCAUUUGCUUAACCCUUGUGCAGCUGCUAUCACUAUCGGAAACUUGUCUCGUGUGCAACACCUUCUCUAUGUUCUCCAUGAGCUAGCUUCGUCCACCGGAGAUGCUAACCACCGGCUAGCGUUUUAUGGUCUGCGAGCCUUGACACAUUACCUAUCACCUUCAACAAGUUCUGCCUCUAUAGGGCCUAUAUCUUUUGCUUCCACAGAGCCAAAGUUCUUUCAACGAACUUUACUUAAAUUCUAUGAGGUUAGUCCUUGGUUUGCAUUUCCUAAUAACAUUGCAAAUUCUUCAAUCCUUCAAAUUCUUGCUCAAGAGCUAGAUCACAAGCGCAAUCUUCAUAUUCUUGAUAUUGGGGUCUCCCAUGGUGUCCAAUGGCCUACACUUCUUGAGGCCUUAACUCGCCGACCAGGAGGACCUCCUCCUCUUGUACGCAUCACAGUCAUCACUGCCACUGUCGAAAAUGAUCAAAACACUGAGACCCCAUUUUCAGUAGGCCCUCCAGGAGACAAUUUUUCCACAAGACUACUUAGUUUCGCCAAGUCCAUGAACAUCAACUUGCAAAUCAAUAGACUCGAAAACCACCCAUUACAAAAUCUCAAUGGACAAGUCAUUAACAUCAACCCUGAAGAAACCUUAAUAGUUUGUGCUCAAUUUAGACUCCAUCAUCUAAAUCACAAUCCCCCAGAUGAAAGAACCGAGUUCUUGAGAAUUUUGAAAGGUCUGGAGCCAAAAGGAGUGAUAAUUAGUGAAAACAACACAGAUUGUAGCUGCAAUAGUUGUGGGGAUUUUGCAACAGGAUUUUCGAGAAGAGUGGAUUACUUAUGGAAGUUUUUGGACUCAACAAGCUCAGCUUUCAAAGGCAGAGAGAGUGAAGAAAGAAGAGUAAUGGAAGGAGAGGCAGCCAAAGCAUUAACCAAUCGCGGAGAGAUGAAUGAAGGGAAAGAGAAAUGGUGCGAAAGGAUGAGAGGCGUAGGAUUUGUAGGUGAGGUAUUUGGAGAGGAUACUAUUGAUGGAGGUCGAGCUUUGUUAAGGAAGUAUGACAGUAACUGGGAGAUGAGAACAGAAGAAAAAGAUGGGUGUAUUGGGUUAUGGUGGAAAGGGCUGCCGGUUUCUUUCUGUUCAUUGUGGAAGCUGGAUUUGAAAGGAAAUGAGAGUUAAGAGCAGUUGUAUCUCUUCUGUUUCAGCUUUUCUUAUGUAAAUUCAAGCGAGGAAAAAGUUGUGUAGAGGCUGGUUUUUGCUGUCCUCUGUUCUUGUUAAAUGCUUGAACCUGUUUUGCAUAUAUUUUUGGUUGAAAAUAGGAAGUAUAUAGCAAACUACAUCAGAAUCUGGUUCUAAUUUUAGUAGAACAAGUUUGCGUUA